AUGCUCUUCCGCAACAUUGCCUUCUACCUCACUGCUGGCGCCUGUCUCGCAGUAUCCCCCGUUCUGGGCGCCAGCGACAUCAAUCAAGCUGUCUCGGACAUGAACGCCCUUACCACUGCCAUUCAAAAUGCCCGCCAGUCCCUAGACAACUACCAGGGAGGGACGAUCUCUAGCCUCAAGGUUAAGACUUCUGUGCAGGCAGCCAAAAGCGCCGCUCAGAAAGCUCGCCAGAACCUGGCUCAGCAAGACGAGCCCUUCAAUGAUGACGAGGCCGAGCAAUAUUACCAGGCCUACCAGGCAAUGUGCCCAGAACUCGUGGACACAGUGAAGGUAGCACAGGACAAGGCGCCUCUAUUCAAAAACGCUGGAUUGGCGUCACCCGCGAGGGCGACCAUUGAUUCACUCCGGGAUGAGCAGGACCAGUUCGGGGAGGAAGCCCAGAAGCACGUCCCUGCGGACGUCUAUGCCAGGGCAGUUCCUUGUUCGGAUCAAAUCAGGCAGGCGUUUGAUGACAAUGACAAUGCUCUGUCUUGA